AUGGCUGAGCUGUCGGCGGCCGGCAGCAAGUACAUCGACGGCGAGGUGGAGAACGCCGUGGAGGGCGUCAAGCGCAUGAAGGCGCUCAUGGAGCAGAGCAGCAAGGAGCACCGCGCGGCGCUGCGCGGGCUGCAGGACACCAAGCGCCACAAGGAGGAGGCCGUGCAGCGGGCGCGCGCGGCGGAGCGGCGGCUGGCGGAGCGGCGGGCGGCCUGCAACGGCAGCGCCGCGGCGCUCUGGGAGGAGUGCAAGCCGUGCCUCAAGCGCACGUGCGUGCGCCUCUACUCGCGCGUCUGCCACAGCGGCUCCGCGCUGCUGGGGCGCCAGCUCGAGGAGCUCCUGAACCGCUCGUCGCCCUUCUCCGUGCGCGCCGAGGGCGAGCGGCUGGACGCGCUGCAGGAGCGCGCGCGCUGGCAGGAGCGCCGCUUCGCCGAGCUCGAGGAGAGCUUCGGCCUGCUGCAGGACGGCGUCGACGACAUCUUCGAGGAGAGUGCGCGGGUGCCCCUGCACCCUUUCCCGCUGCCGGCGGGGCCCUGGCGCCCGGCGCCCCGCCGCUUCGCGGUGCGGGGCCGGCGCGUGGCCCGCCAGCUGCAGCCCUUCCUGUCGCACCCGCACCCCGGCUUCCACCGCCUCUUCCAGCCCUUCCUGGAGCUCACACAGCGCAUGUUCGAGGACGCGCAGCGCGUCGCCGAGAGCGAGCCCUGGAGACACCCGCUCGUGGGCUUUGCGGCCGAGCCGCGCAACAGCACCGACGAGCGCAUGGUGUGCCGGGAGAUCCGGCGCAACUCGGCCGGCUGCCUGAAGAUGCGGGAUGAGUGCGAGAAGUGCCAGGAGAUCCUGGAACUGGACUGCGCGGAUGCGGACGAGGAGCAGGAGCAGCUGCGGGAGCAGCUGGAGGAGGCGCUGCGCCUGGCCGAGCGCUUCGCCCGCCGCUACGACGAGCUGCUGGGCGCCUUCCAGGCCGACAUGCUCAACACCACGGGCCUCCUGGAGCAGCUCAACCGCCAGUUCGGCUGGGUGUCCCGCCUGGCCAACCUCACGCAGCGCGACGACGGCUUCCUGCAGGUCACCACGGUGCUUUCCAAGGCCCCCAACGCGGAGGACCCGUCGGCGCCGCCGGACACGCAGGUGACCGUGCAGCUCUUCGACGAGGAGCCGCUGGUGCUGACGGUGCCGGGCGCGGUGCCGUGGGACGACCCGCGCUUCAUGGAGCUGGUGGCCGAGCAGGCGCUGCGCCUCUACAAGCAGCGCGCGCUGGAGUAGCUGUGCCGCUGCUGCCGUGCCACCCGCUGCGUCUCCGGCACCCCUCACCCUUCCCGCGGCUUCGGGGAGCCCCCCGUGCACAAUAAAGGUA